AUGUCAUCGAAUGAAAAAUACGAGAGACCUCCACAACCACCUCCAGCGUACGAUCCCAACCAGAGACCGCCCAGCUCAUCCGAGAACUCUGCCGCGGCGAAUCCCAGUGACGGUCAGACGCCGUACCAUUUUAGGCAGGAUCAGUAUUACAAUCUAAACUCGAAAACGAGUGGCGCCCCUAUUGGGAGCUUUGACGAAGCCUUCCCUACAGAAAAUGACAAUAAGCCUAAGUGGAACGAUUGGCCGUUCACGAUUCUUUUCCUUUGUACUGUGGGGGGGUUCAUCGCCAUUGCUGCCAUCACGUUAAGAGCGUGGUCCCAGAACUAUAGUAGUACGGGUUCCGGGAUAUACGAUGGGGUUAACACUGGUACGCUGAACACAAAUUCUGCUAUCUUACUGGUUUUUGUGUGCAUUAUUGCCCUGAUCUUUUCCAUUUUGGGCCUCACGCUUUGUCGGAUUUUUCCGAAGCAAUUCAUAUAUUGUGGUAUGAUCAUUAAUCUAGUGGCUUCUCUUGGGACAGCCAUUAUGUACAUGUCCUUGCGGUACUGGUCUGCAGGGAUUGUAUUCUUGGUUUUCACGUUCAUGACCGCCUGGUGCUAUUGGGGCAUGAGAUCUAGAAUUCCUCUCUCCGUAGCGAUAUUGAAGGUUGUCGUCGAUGCCAUGAAAAAAUGUCCACAAAUCUUCUUUGUUUCCUUUGUUGGUGCCAUUGUUGCCAGUGCGUUUGGGUUUCUCUUCUCCGCAGUCAUCGUGGCAACUUACAUUAAAUAUGACCCCAAUAGCGCGAAUGGCGGCUGCGACGUCUCCGGUGGCAGUUGUUCACACUCAAAGUUAAUCGGUGUCUUGGUUGUGGUGUUUUUCUGCGGCUAUUAUAUCUCUGAAGUAAUCAGAAACGUCAUUCAUUGUGUUAUUUCUGGUGUCUUUGGCAGCUGGUACUAUAUGUCAAAAUCAGAUCAAGGAAUGCCAAGGUGGCCUGCAUUUGGGGCAUUGAAAAGAGCCAUGACCUACUCCUUUGGUUCCAUUUGCUUUGGGUCGUUGCUAGUUGCUCUGAUCGAACUGCUGAAGCAAGUAUUACAAAUGAUCAGAAAGGAUGUUACCUCCAAUGGUGGCGGAAAAAUUGCUAUCCAAAUUUUGUUUAUGGUGUUUGAUUGGAUUAUCGGGUUCCUUAAAUGGCUGGCUGAGUACUUCAAUCACUAUGCGUACUCAUUUAUCGCCCUCUAUGGGAAACCUUACCUGAGAGCCGCUAAAGAAACUUGGUACAUGUUAAGAGAAAAGGGUAUGGAUGCCCUGAUCAAUGAUAACCUAAUAAAUAUCGCACUGGGUUUAUUUGCAAUGUUUGCCAGUUACAUGACCGCUUUGUUCACAUUCUUGUAUCUAAGAUUCACCUCACCUCAAUACAAUUCAGACGGUGCCUAUAAUGGUGCCUUAAUGGCCUUUUCAUUUGUUAUCGCCUUACAGAUUUGUAACAUCGCAACAGAAGCCAUCAGAUCAGGUACAGCAACCUUCUUUGUUGCCCUCGGUAACGAUCCGGAGGUCUUUCAUCAUUCCUACCCUCAUAGGUUUGAUGAGAUAUUCAGGGCAUAUCCUGAUGUACUUCGAAAAUUGAGUCAUCAAAACGUGUAA